AUGGGAGUCACCAACUUCGAUGGUAAGUCGGCUAUACCAAUUUUCAGGAACAAUGUGAGGUCGGGUGCUUUCCACCAGGAUCUCAUCCGGUACCCUCCGAAGAACUAUGCCGACCUGAUGGACAGGGCGGCCAGAUAUGCUGACGCCGAAGCUGCCGAGAAGAGAAAAAGGGAGCAGGAAGAAGGGAGAGGUCGGAAGGACAAGGCCCCCCAGGAGGAACGCGGUAGGGCAUCUCGGCAGCAUCGUCGCGACUACGCUGAGGGGCCCAGGCUGAACCCCACACGUUUCCUUACCCCGCUGACGCACCCCGUGAGUGUCAUCCUGGCCCACGCGGAGGACCAGGGGAUCGUCGAGUUCCCAAAGGAGGAGUGCAUGAAGAUCUCGGCGAAGGGCGAUCCCAGGAAGUACUGCCGGUUCCACCGCCAAAAGGGUCACGACACGGAUGAGUGCAUCCUCCUGAAGAAGCAAAUUGAGGAGCUCAUCCAGAUGGGUUACCUGGGCCACUUCAUUAAACGGCCCAGCCAACCCCAAGGCCAGGGCCGAGAUAACGUAUGGAAGAAAGGGAGUGGUGGCUCCGCGCCACCCAACCCGGCACCCCGCAAGAGAGAGCACGGCCAAAGCUCUGAAGAAGACGACAAGACGACAGAAGACUCCCAGCCCCCAAAGAAGCGGUCCAUUUAUGUCAUUUUUAGAGGACCCGAGGGUGGCGACACCCAAGCCGAACGGAAGAAAUGGGCGAGGAGUCUAUACGUCGGGGAUGUGACACAAGCCCCACGGGAGAAGAAGCUACGGAGGGAACCCAUCACCUUCACCGAUGACGACCUGCCGGACGGUCCCCUACCACACCGGGAUGCCCUGGUGAUCAAGUUGGACGUCAACAACGUAGUAGUGCACCGAGUGCUCGUAGACACGGGCAGCUCGGUAAAUGUCAUGUACUACGACACGUUCAUCUAA